AUGACGUGGAAAAGUAGAGGUGAGUUUUCUUCUAGAAGUUUCGUAUCGCAGAAAUGGACGCUUUUUCUCUGUCUCGGUAGUUUCUGUGCUGGAAUGCUCUUCACUAACAGGAUAUGGAGUAUUCCAGAACAAAAUGGACUUGCGAGACCAACAGCUGCAGAAACUGGUAAAUUGGAUGCAGUUACAGAGGGUUGUAAUUCCAGAAUUUUGCAAGAGAUGGAAAUGAGGCAUGAAAAUAGAGAUAUGUAUGGCGAUGAUUUCAAGGGGCAUAAUUCUGUACAAGCUUUGGAUAAAACUAUUUCAAGUUUAGAGAUGGACUUGGCUACUGCAAGGGCUGUUCAAGAGUCGGUACGGAGUGGUGCUCCUGUUUCAGAAGAUAUAAGGACGAAUGAGUCAUCGGGUAAGAGAAAGUACCUUAUGGUAGUAGGUAUUAAUACUGCAUUUAGCAGCAGGAAAAGAAGGGACUCGGUUCGGGCUACCUGGUUGCCACAAGGUGACAAAAGAAAGAAGCUAGAGGAAGAGAAAGGCAUUGUCAUUCGCUUUGUUAUCGGACACAGUGCUACAUCAGGAGGUAUCUUAGACAGAGCUAUUGAAGCAGAGGACAGAAAGCAUGGAGAUUUCUUGAGGCUGAACCAUGUUGAAGGAUACCUUGAAUUGUCUGCAAAGACAAAAACAUACUUCGCCACUGCUGUGAGCUUAUGGGAUGCCGACUUCUAUGUCAAAGUUGAUGAUGAUGUUCAUGUAAAUAUAGCUACAUUGGGAGAAACUCUAGUUAGACAUCGAUCCAAACAACGGAUAUACAUUGGAUGCAUGAAAUCUGGACCUGUCCUAUCUCAAAAAGGGGUAAGGUACCAUGAACCCGAGCAUUGGAAGUUUGGCGAGUCCGGAAACAAGUAUUUCCGCCAUGCCACAGGGCAGUUGUAUGCUAUUUCAAACGAUUUGGCAACAUACAUAUCUAACAACCAGAAUGUUCUUCACAAGUAUGCCAAUGAGGAUGUGUCAAUAGGAGCUUGGUUUAUUGGACUUGAUGUGGAGCAUAUCGAUGAUCGCAGACUUUGCUGUGGCACUCCUCCAGAUUGUGAAUGGAAGGCGCAAGCAGGCAACAUUUGUGUUGCUUCAUUCGAUUGGAGCUGCAGCGGUAUAUGUAGAUCUGCCGACAGGAUAAAAGAAGUACAUAGAAGGUGCGGUGAAGGUGAAAAUGCUUUGUGGAGUGCCUCUUUCUAG